AUGGCUCUCGUUUGGAAGUCUAUCCUCAUUGCUAUUGUCAGUUUGUUGGUUCCGUACAGAGGCCCGUCAUUUGUUGGUGCCAAGGUUUAUAUGGUAGUGAUGGAGGAUGACCCUGUCAUCUCAUACAAAGCGAGUCGAAAUCGUGUGAUGAGUGGCGAUGAAGCACAGAAGUACAAGGAGAAGGUGAUCAGUAGGCAUGACAUAUUCCUGGAGUCCCUCCUCCCAACAGGCUCCUAUACAAAACUCUACAGCUACACCCACCUGCUCAAUGGCUUUGCACUCCAUACAGCAUCUCAGGAGGCUGUUGCAAUUCUUAGUAAUGCUCGGGGAGUUCGACUCAUGCACGAGGACAUGAAGAUGGUGAAGAUGACCACCCAUACUCCAGAUUAUAUUGGGGUCUCGGCAGGAGUUUGGCCACAUUUAGGUGGUCCGGAGAGAUCCGGUGAUGGCAUAGUGAUCGGCAUGAUAGACACCGGUAUUAAUCCCAGUCACCCCAGCUUUGCCAACCUUAGGCCUGAGCCAGCUUCCAACCUUACAAGGUUCAAAGGGAGAUGUGAAUCAGGAGAUGAAUUUCCUCUGACAGCCUGCAAUGGGAAGAUUGUUGGUGCACAAUACUUUGCGCGUGCAGCAAUCGCAGCAGGCGAUUUCAACGCAACGCGUGAUUAUGCUUCUCCAUUUGAUGCUGAUGGCCACGGCAGCCACACUGCCUCUAUCGCUGCUGGAAAUUACCGAAUUGCGGUGCUCUCCAAAGGCUAUAACUAUGGAUAUGCAAGCGGCAUGGCCCCCGGUGCCCGGAUUGCUGUAUACAAAGCAGUCUAUUCUUUUGGUGGCUAUAUGUCAGAUGUGGUAGCUGCAAUUGACAAGGCAGUGGAAGAUGGCGUUGAUAUUCUUAGUCUUUCAAUCGGACCAUCAGCUGUUCCACCGGGGCCUGCUGCUUUCCUCAACAUACUAGAGGUGGAACUGCUGUUUGCCACAAAAGCCGGAGUCUCGGUCAUUCAAGCUGGAGGCAAUGGGGGUCCUGCUUCGAGCUCGAUCCUCUCAUUCAGCCCAUGGGUCACCAGCAUCGCCGCCUCGACGACCGACCGCAAGUAUAACAACUCAAUCAUACUCGGCACUAGGCAGUCCUUACCUGGCUCCGGCCUUUCACGUAAGCCAUCCUCCAAUCUCAACAAUACAUUCAGAAUUUCCAUGCUGCAUGCUCUUUCAUCCUUUUCUUCUUUACUCUCUCUUAAUCCAGCUCCAACAAUGGAGGAAGAACUCCUCCCCAUAGCAGCAGCAGAGGAUGUGUGCAGCAGGAACACAAGCUUUCUAGUAGUCCAAAACUGCCAGCACCCGGAGCCCUUCAUUCCAGAAUUGGUUCGGGGGAAGCUGAUCAUUUGCACAUACAUAACUGAAUUCAUUUAUGCACCCACAAGCAUGGAAGCCAUUGUUGGCACCAUCCAGAAGAUAGGGGCCGCUGGAUUCAUAAUCACGAUGGACCGCAGCUAUGAUUCCGAGCCUCCAGUGGAUAGCACACUGACCCUGUCAAUCCCUGGCAUUGUGCUUACCAGCAGACGGGCAUCGCAGGCUCUUUGGGAAUACUAUGACUCCAACACGGUUCGAGGAACCAAUGGAGGUGUGGUUAAUUUUGGAGCAACAGGCAGGAUUUUAGACGGGCGGCGUGCCAUCUACACCGGCCAGGGGCCGGCCGUUGCAUCCUACUCAUCCAGAGGACCUGAUGUAAACAAUGCUCUCAUGGAAACAGCCGACGUCCUAAAACCCAACAUCAUGGCCCCAGGCUCUGCCAUUUGGGCUGCCUGGAGCCCCAAGAGCCAUGACGAUCAAAAUGUCAAAGGCCAAGAAUUUGCACUCCUAUCGGGUACAAGCAUGGCUACUCCACAUGUGGCCGGAGUCGCCGCCUUGAUCAAGCAGAGUCACCCCAACUGGAGCCCUGCCGCCAUCACAUCGGCCAUGAUGACGACCGCCGACGUGACCGAGCGCUCCGGCGGCCCCAUGCGAUCCCAAGGGAACGAGGCGGCCGCUGCAACUCCAUUUGAUUAUGGAGCUGGGGCCAUCAACGCAGCUCGAGCCGUCGACCCAGGCCUGAUCUUAGACACUGGCUUCAAGCACUACAUCCAGUUCCUUUGUGCAGUUCCUGGGGUUGACGAUGAGUCCGUGAGGCGAGCGGUGGGCCUCGGAUGCCCCGCAGAUAGAAGCGACUGGUGCUCCGACCUGAACACCCCAAGUGUGGCCGUGGCCAACUUGGUUGGAUCGAGGACGGUGGUCCGCAGGGUGACGAGCGUGGCCGGUGCUGCGGAGACGUAUCGGGUGGCUGUGAAGGAACCGGCCGGGGUGGCAGUGGCUGUAAGACCUCAGGAGUUCACCAUCGGCCCGAACGAGUCCAGGACUAUAAAGAUCAUGCUGAAGGCUGGGGAGGCGACGAAUGCUUACACUUUUGGGGAAUUGGUCUUGACUGGGGAUAGGAAGCAUGUUGUUAGAAUUCCCCUGGCCAUCUUUGUGAGCAGUACUUUGAGAUCAUGA